CACAAACUGUACUGAAUGUGACGGAAAAUGACAUGGUUUUAAAUUGUGAACGGAGUUUGUCUGGUUUAAGUGAGAAUGGCACGUUACUACAAUUUCAUACAGGACUCUGACGGCGAAGCCUCUCAAACCAACUAUGCGUCCACUACUGAGUUAUUCGAGGGUGACCGUGCCAGACGGAAAAAGCGGUCACGGUAUAUCAUCACAGCUGUAAUUCUGAUACUUGGAAUAGCUGUCAGUCUUGGUAUUGGGUUAGGAAUAGGACUCAGAAAGAAAGACAGUGAUAAUGAAGAGUCUGAUAAAGAUGAACUCCAUGGCUCUACCACCACACCUAUUCCAACCUCCACGUUCACUCCUCCGCCCACUGUGUCCACCACUCAAUCCACAUCACCAGAUAAGCUGAUCACUUCACCAGAUAAGCUGACCACUUCACCAGGCAAACUCACAACAACAGACACGGGAAAAAACUGGAUAGACGAACCCUGUCUGCCGCAUGAUUCCACACAAAAUACAUGCCCAUGGAGCACCCCUCCUCUGCUGCUUGUGUCUUUGGAUGGCUUCCGAGCAGAUUACCUGACCAGGAACCUGACACCCACUUUACAGAAGCUCAGCCAUUGUGGUGUACAUACUCCAUACAUGAGAUCUGUGUAUCCAACACUGACAUUUCCAAACCAUUACAGCAUCGUCACUGGGCUGUAUCCUGAAUCUCAUGGGAUUGUGGACAACAAUAUGUACGAUGAAAAAAUAAACGACACCUUCCACAUCUACACAGAUGCCAAGAGUAACCCUGAGUGGUGGGGCGGGGAGCCGUUGUGGAUAACAGCUCACAAACAAGGGAAAAAGAGUGCAUCUUUCUUCUGGGUUGGAGCUGAUGUCAACAUUAGUGGAUAUUACCCAGAUAUCUGGAAACCUUAUGAUGGGAAGAUAUUAUACGAGGAGAGAGUGGACACCGUCCUGGACUGGCUUAGUAUGACCACUAGUGACCGACCAGACUUUGUCACACUGUACUUUGAUGAACCUGACCACACAGGGCAUGAAGUAGGACCGGACGGACCAGAGGUGAAUGAAAUGCUGGGAAAGAUGGACAGUAUAGUCUCUCGUCUGAUGAAUGGGUUAUACAGAAGGCAGAUCCACAACUGUGUUAAUCUAAUCAUACUGGCAGAUCACGGAAUGGAGAAGACUGCAUGCUCUCGAAGAGUGUUUCUAAAUAACUACAUGAACACAAAAGAUUACCUCAUUUUUGAUGGGACGAUCGGCAGUAUACACAAAGACUUCUACGAAGAGAAAAAGGUGGUGAAAAAAAGGAAAAACUCAUCAUCUGUAGAGGAAGUGAUGAACAAGUUGUCGUGUAAGAGCGGACAUCUUCAAAUGUUUACAAAGUCGGACAUCCCCGUCAGACACCAUUAUGCAAACAACAAGAGGAUUGGAGAUAUUGUCGUGGAUGUACAGGCGAAAUGGAUGGUAGCUAAAGAUAAACAUACCUACUGUUUAGAGGGAAACCAUGGAUUUGAUAACUUAUACAAAAGCAUGCAGGCUUUGUUCUUGGCCCAUGGCCCGGGCUUCAAACAGAAUUACAGCUCCCAGCCUUUUGAGAAUAUUGAGUUGUACAAUCUUAUGUCAGAUUUAAUUGGGAUAAGUCCAGCCCCUAACAAUGGAACCCCGGGGGCUCUUCAUGACCUGUUGUACAGACCCCCAGCUCUACAAGUCACCCCCACAGUCAGCUACAGGAACUGUCCCACCCCCACAGGGAGGGUGUCCGCCCCACAGAGAAACUGUAACUGUAACACGAGUUCCCCUGUUGUGUACCCCUCGGCUGAUGGUAGCCAGUCCCUGCCCUUUGGCGUUAUACAACAGACCAGUGAUCUAGAGGCCUGUGUUCUACACAACACAGAGUACUCCACAGCUUACAGUCACAAGUUUAACAUGCCAGCAUGGAACUCCUACGUCCUGAAGGACGGUCAGAAUUUAAAUAUGAAGGACACCUGCAUCAUCACUGAUGGAAGAAUUCCCACAAACAGCAGUUUUCCGUGCUCUGACUACGAGAAUGAUAACGUGACAUUUGCUUCACUGUUCAAUGAUGGAUUUAAAUCAGACAACAGUAACACUGAGCCUAGCUUCAGCUCUAACAUUGUGCCCAUGUACCAGGGAUUUAAGUCGGGGAUUUGGGCUUACCUGUGGAGGAUACUCUCAGAUUUUGCGGGACAGCCAGGUGACCUCAGUGUGACAGUAGGACCCGCCUUUGAUUAUAACAAGGACGGUCUGUAUGAAGGACUGACUGCUCAAACAAAAUAUGUUGACAUUGGCACUCAGAAGAUACCCCUUCCCACCCAUUUCUACGUUGUCCUGAUUCGCUGUUCAGACCCUUCCCAUCAUUCCUCAGUGACCAGCUGCCCUGUACAGAAUCUAGACAUCAUGUCCUUUAUUCUACCUAACUUACAGUCAGUUCCAAACUGUGUGCCAGAGGAGGAAUAUUUACGUCAGAACGUAGCAAGAAUCCGAGACAUUGAGCUGUUGACAGGGUUGAGGUUCCUGACUGAUUUUGAGGAGCGGACCUCAGCUCGUCCUCGGACCUUCCUCCCCACGUCACUCUGGCCACUGCAAAAUAUCUCCUACAAAUGGAGUGACCUCCCUUGUGAAGACAAAAGCCAGAACACUUGUCCUGGGAAAGUUCCACUUUUACUAAUUUCACUGGAUGGGUUCCGAGCUGAUUACUUAAAGCAGAAGCUGACCCCUGUCAUCCAGAAGAUGAGGGAGUGUGGAGUCCACACCCCCUACAUGAGAUCUGUGUACCCUACAGUGACCUUCCCUAACCACUACACCAUUGUCACGGGCAUGUACCCCGAGUCUCAUGGUAUUAUUUCAAACAACAUGUAUGACUCAGAGAUUGGGGAGGUGUUUACACUGUCCAGUAAGACUAAGGGGGACCCCCGAUGGUGGGGAGGAGAACCGCUCUGGAUAACAGCCAAGAAACACAGUAAGAAGACGGCCACAUUCUUCUGGCCGGGGUCUGAUGUCAACAUUUCAGGAGUUUAUCCAGACAUAUGGAAGCCAUACAGUGGUUCCGUGGGUUUCCCUGAGAGGGUCUGGGAGGUGAUCAGAUGGUUGACGUUACCAGAAGAUGAAAAACCGGAUUUUAUCACUCUGUACUUUGACCAGCCGGAUCACGCGGGGCACCAGGGGGGACCAGAGAGCCAGGUGGUUAGUGACCAGCUUCUGAAUGUAGAUGACAUGUUGUCCCGAUUAAUGGACACGCUGUACCACAAAGGACUCCACAACUGUGUCAACAUUGUCGUCAUCGCUGACCACGGGAUGGAUGAUGUAAGCUGUUCUCAGGUUGUGAAGCUUCCCUACUAUAUGGAUAAAGAAAUGAUCAAGGACUUAACAAUCUUUGGUGGAACAUUUGGAAGAGUGGAGACAAAAUUCCACAAAGUCUCUAAAUACAAGAUAUAUCCAAAUGAUCAAAACAACACCAGACCUGUCCAGGAGGUAGUAGGAGAAAUGAUGUGUCAGCACCCCAAGAUGAAAGUGUUUACAGGAGAGACCAUCCCUAAGAGGUUCCACUACUACAACAACCCGAGGAUGGGGCAGAUUCUACUGGACAUGCAGGAUCAAUGGCUGGUCACUGACUUGACCUAUUUUUUCUGUUCUGGAGGAAACCAUGGGUGGGACAACUUAUACAAAUCAAUGCAUGCAUUGUUUCUAGCCCACGGCCCAGGCUUUAAAGAAAAACUGCAGAUAGAACCAUUUGAAAACAUUGAGCUGUACAACAUGAUGUCUGAGUUACUAGGUAUUUCCCCAGCUCCUAAUAAUGGGACUAUGGGAUCCUUACAUCAUAUUCUGAGGAACCCCCAGCCCCUGAGAGAAGCACCCACGGAGACAGAUCCGGACUGUCAGAUGUCCGGGAACCCCAGCAAUGUGUGGGUCCCUGUUUGUGGGUGUGUCAAUCAUAAGAACCAGACAGUGAGUGAGCUGAUGUCUGAACAUUUGACCUCCUCUCCUGUGUGGGCCUCACCCCUGGGGGAGCCUGAGGGGUCAGGAAACCUGAGUCUCUGUGUUCUGAAUUACACGGGGAUGGUGACAGGCUUUAACUCGGAGCUCCAGAUGCCAGCCUGGACAAAUGUUAUGUUAGUACCACAGAAGGUCAGAAGUAAUGAAAACAGGACAGUGUGUGUGGUAAAUGAUCCCAGAAUUAAACAGGCCUCAUGUAAUGACUACACAGAUCACUCCAGAAAUAUCAUCAUGGGCUUCCUGUAUGACUCAGAGGUGGUUUCACCAGGAAGUGAUCAGAAUAUCCAUUACCAGUCUAAUGCUGUUCCUAUGUAUGAAGGCUUCUUAUCAGGUAUUUGGAAUGUGACGUGGAAGCUAGCACAUGGUUACUCUGUGAAGUACAGUAACGUCAGUGUAACUGUGGGGCCUGCCUACGACUAUGAUACAGAUGGAUUGGCUGAUAAAUCAUUCAACAAAUCCAGCUAUGUAGGUAACAGCAGCCUAGUUUUACCCACACAUUUCUACAUGAUAAUAGUGAAGUGUAAGGAUGCUAGCCAGGCGUUCCCCUGUGGAGAUGAUUUUGAUGUGUUAUCCUUCAUUCUUCCUCAUGUGGACAACAUUCCAAACUGUCUGACUGAGGACCAGUAUCUAUCAGACAAUGUAGCCAGAGUGCGAGACAUAGAGCUCCUGACCGGCCUGAAGUUUUUCUCCUCCUAUAACACGUCCACCAGAGCGAGGCUGACCACAUUUCUACCCGUCAGCAUGUGGAAAUCUCUGAUACCACAGUGGAUAGACACAGAAUGUGAAGCACAGACCUGUCAAUCUGACUAUCGGCCCCUGAUUUUGAUUUCACUGGAUGGUUUCCGAGCUGAUUACCUGUUACGUAAUUUUACUCCUAACAUUCGCCGCCUCAGUCAGUGUGGUGUCCACGCCCCCUACAUGAGAUCAGUCUACCCGACCAAGACAUUCCCCAACCACUACAGUAUUGUAACAGGACUUUACCCAGAAUCCCAUGGCAUCAUUGAUAACAACAUGUAUGAUACAGACAUCAAGGAGAAAUUUAGUCUUAGUUCUGCGAACGCAUCAGACCCUCGGUGGUGGGGAGGGGAACCAAUUUGGAAUACAGUUAGAAAACACAAUAAGAAAUCUGCAACUUACUUUUGGCCUGGAUCUGAACAUGAAAUAGAGGGCAUGCGUCCUGAUUAUUACAAAGACUAUGAUGGCAAUGUUCCCUUUUUGGAUCGAGUGGAUACAGUCCUUUCUUGGAUUGACUUGCCAGCGGAUAAACGUCCAGAUUUUCUCACUCUGUACUAUGACGAGCCUGACCACACGGGGCAUUCCUUCGGUCCAGAUGACAUCGUUAAGAUUGGACAGGCCCUUGAAAGAGUUGACGAGGCGGUUGGAAAGUUGAUGGAAGGGCUGUAUAGAAGAAACAUGCAUGAGUGUGCCAACAUUAUCAUUGUAGCUGAUCACGGAAUGGCUGAUAAUGACUGUGAUAGGCUGGUCAGCUUUAGAGGUUUGAUUGAUACGUAUAACAUGUACAUUUAUGAGGGAGCAUUUAGCAGGAUCGAUCCUUACCAUAAGUAUGCCAGGGUAGGACUUCACCCCGUGUCUAAUCCAUACCCUGUAUCCAGCAUCCUGGCCAACCUAACCUGUAAGACCCCACACUUUAAAGCCUUUGAUAAGAACCUUCUACCUGUCCGACAUCAUUACGUUAACAACAAGAGAAUUGAACCAGUGAUUGUGGAUGUCGAGGACAAGUGGUUGGUGACCUUCAGGUCACUGAAAGGUUAUAAUAAGAAAUACUGUAGAGGUGGUAACCAUGGUUAUGACAACUUGUACAAAUCAAUGCAGGCUUUAUUUCUGGCCCAUGGACCAGUCUUCAAACAGAACAUGUCGACAUAUGCAUUUGAAAACAUUGAGUUAUACAAUUUAAUGUCUGAUAUUCUGAACAUAACUGCUGCACCAAACAAUGGGACUAUGGGAGCCCUGAAUCAUUUGUUGAGGAAUCCUCCAUCUAUAACAAGGUCAGAGGGCAACAAGCUGGACCGGAACAUCACUAGAGUAACCGCAGCGGAGUUUGUUAGUGCUGUAAAUAACGCAGACUGUCAGAAUGCAUGCUCAUUUAUUCCAGAAAAAAUGUAUACAGCAGGAAGAUUCCUUGCGCUGAGUUCACUGAUUACAAACAUGGAUGUGUCUGGUCAGCUUCCGUUCGGGGCUCCCUCUGUUCACCUGCCGGGGGUUUCCCCCAGAAUUCUGUACCAGGACAAAUACAUCACGGGGUACAGUGAGGAUCUACAGCGCCCUCUGUGGAUUUCAUAUUCCUUGAACAAAGCACAGGUGGGUAGAGGUGUGCCAGACCCCUCCCCCUGUGUAGUACCAGAUCUCAGGGUGUCGAGUCGGUUUAAUGGGUCAGAGUCCUGCAAUGUGAACAGUUCCCUUGGUGACCAGUAUAGGUGGACAUCUCUAACAAGCCAAAUGCCUUCAUCCAGAAACAAUCCAGAACUUAGUUCCUUCUCAUCUACUUAUGUUCCUAUGUUAAACGCUUUCAAAACAGGUAUAUGGAAAAGCUUACAUGAUUACAUUGAGAAGUGGGUCGAGUCACAUAACUUGGUAAACGUGGUGACGGGACCAGUGUUUGAUUGGAACCAUGACAGUCUUCCCGAUCAGUUUAAUCAAUCAAUGCCUAUACCCAGUCAUUUCUUUGUGAUACUCUCUCGCUGUGAGUCCCGCAGUCUCUCUUGUCAGUCUCCUGUCACCUUGUCAUUUAUCUUACCUCACAUUGAGAAGGAGUCGAACUGUCUGUCUGUAGAAGCCUACCUGCAGGACAAUGAAGCCAGGGUUAGGGAUGUGGAGCUGAUAACAGGACUGGAAUUCUUCACCAACUUACCUGUUGAUAACUCAGUCAGAGCUAGAACAUAUCUUCCCAGUGGUUUAUGGUGAAACUGUGAUUAAAAGGAAAAUGAUACAGAAGUGUGUUGAACAGUGUGUGUGAAGCAAGUGGCUGUUUUUUGAUGAGGUGUUUUAGAGAGUGCAUGGACUUUUUAUACUGCAUAUCAUUCCAUUUUUGUUGUUAUUCUUCAAAACUAAUCAGCAUUUUCACAUA